AUGGAAGAUGUAGAGAAGAAGAGUUCUAAGACAACGAGUUCAAGAGCUCAUCUAUUUGAGAGUGAGAAAGCAGCAGCAAAACAAGCAGCCAAAGACAAAUUGAAAGGUACCGUUUUUGUGGAUGCGUUGCCUCCCCAAGAAGAUGAGAAGGUUGUGGUGACAAGUGAACAUUUCAGGAAACCCGAGAAACCUGCCCCACCUUUGGAAGAAUUAAAGUCGCUGGUGAACAAAGUGGGUCAGUGUAGUGGUGAGAAGAAGGAGUUAGUGGUGUUAGAAGAAGGAGAGGUCAACGCAGAAGGAACAGGUGAUUAUCCCCAUGCGUCUUUUGACAAGUUGUCGUACAAUGUGGAAGUCAGUUAUUCGUGUCCCAUACACUAUACCCAGAUGGAAGAAUUCAAAUUUAAGAAAAAAGAUUGGCAUGACACAUUCUUGCACUGCUGA